AUGGAGAGACUGAUUGAAAUUGAGACACCGAUUGGUAAAUUUAAUGUAUGGACAAAAGGUAUCGGUAACAAUGCAAAGAUAAAAUUAUUAUUGUUACAUGGUGGUCCUGGUGGCACUCAUGAAUUAUUUGAAUGCUUCGAAAAUUUCCUUCCGAAAGAAGGAAUUGAAAUUUAUUAUUAUAACCAGCUUGACUCUUUUUUAAGUGAUCAACCAAAUGAUCAUAGUUUAUGGACAGUUGAAAGAUUUGUCGAUGAAAUUGAGCAAGUUAGAAAAGCGCUAGACUUGACUAAGGAGAAUUUUUUUCUUUUCGGUCAUAGUUGGGGCGGUAUUGUAGCAAUCGAGUACGCUUUAUUAUAUCACAAUAAUUUAAAAGGUUUAAUUAUCAGUAAUAUGAUGAGUAGCUGUCACGAUUAUGCUAGAUAUCUGGAAAAUCAGAAUCCUAAAUAUAUGGAACUUUUGGUGCCUAACUUUUAUUGUAAAUUUUUUUGUCAUCUACAACCAUGGCCUGAAGUUGUUGAUCGUGCUUUAUCUCAUUUAAACACUGAUAUUUACAAUUUAUUACAAGGCCCAUCGGAAUUCUCAAUAACAGGAACAUUAGCUAGUUGGGAUCGAAAAGAAGAUCUAGUUAAAAUAAAAGUACCCACACUUAUCAUCGGCGCUACAUAUGAUACAAUGAAUCCAGAAUAUUUACAAUGGAUGGCUAGUCAACUGGAAAAUAGUUCAUCUGUAAUUUGUCCUAAUGGUAGCCAUUGUGCAAUGUGGGAUGAUCAACUAUAUUAUUUUUCUAAACUUAUUGAGUUCAUUAAAAAUGUUGCUAAUCAAAAAGAAGACGCCGAAAAUUUAGACAAUAAUUUAUUUGUAUGA